AACGCAAAGAUUGAAAAUCAGUUCAAGCUACAGUCCGCACCCGUUUUACGUGAACGUGGUGUUACACUCACUGAGCUUCGAGUUCCAACUUCCGUGAUGGCCAGCGUAAAAAAUGGCGUAGUGCUUGAUUGCUUGUACACAUUACGUCCAAAUUCUAUCGGUCUAGUGGUGGCCUGGUAUUUCAACAACAGCGCUAGACCGGUUUAUCAGUGGAUUCCUGGACAGAAACCUUUGAGCAUUGGCGUGUUCCGUCACCGAGCCAAUCUUGACUACAAAGUGUCCGACGAUAACGAAACCAUGCACAGGGCCUUACACAUCAUCAAUCCGACCAUCGAGUUGUCCGGCGAUUACAGGUGCGUCGUGUCUACUUAUCACGACGAAGAUUUCAUGAUCAAAAGAAUGAUCGUAUACUCCCCAGAGAAGAAAUUUGAUGUAUAUCAGAAGAGAGUCAAUAACGAUACUAUACGAGUAACUUGCAUGGUCUCUGGCGUUUACCCAGUGCCAAGGCUUACUCUCUACAACAACUCGGUCACUGACAAACAAAGCUACCCGUUGGUUCAUUCCCGCGUCGAUAUCAACCGCUUGAAGGACACUUCCUACGAAGUAAUCAUAAGCGUCUUGAUCUCUGACGACGACAUAACCACUCAAUCCACUUUGGACUGCGAACUCAAAAUUCCGGAUACCCCAUACGUCAAGAGAAAGACAUUUGUUUUCUUCCAAGAUCCAAACGCUGCAAGCAACAUCUAUUCCACCAUCUUUUAUGCCGUUGCUUUCUACUGGGUUUUCAAAUUAAUCGCCUAUUAAAUUGGUAUCAACAAUGAUAGUAUUAACCGCAACUGUAGUCCAUAAUUUAUUUAACAAUGGUGUAGAAUACAAUUUUAAAAUGUUUUGCAAUAGACACAAAAAAUAAUAAUAAUAAUAAAAAAGUAUAAUAAUAAAAAUAAUAAUACAAUAUUCAAUUUAAUUACAUCAAAAACCAAUGUGGGGAAAAACCAUACGCAACUAGAUAUAUGAAUAAUUUAGUAAUAAACAGAAAGCUAGAUAGUAAGGAUUUAUUAUUGAAUCGUAAAAUAAUUUUAUAAGUUCAUAUUUGAACAAAUAAAAACUUACAGAAAAAAAAUGAUAUUGAACCAUCAGAACUUUAAACCUAAUUUACCGGACAUGCAACUAUUUACUCUACUUACAGAACUAGUAACUACAAUAAUAUUAUUUAGUACACGAUUUUCCCGUAGACUAUAAGUCAGUUAUUCAAAAUUAGUUUGAGAAAACAAAAAUUAUGUAUUGUUGUUCGUUAAUAAUAAAAUAUCUUUAGUCGUGUUUAAAGUUUAUCCAAUCAUUAUUAGGUAUAAUACAUUAAUCAAAGUUCAACAUCUCCACACUUAAUUUCGUUGAAUUUUAUUCAGUUAAAUGGUUUGAUACAGAACUGGCAUGAAUACACUCAAGUUCGAGUACCUAUGUAUGUUUUAAUGUAAGUCAAAAACGAUUUUAACUCGUUUUUUUUUUACUGAUGUUAAUUAAAAAUUUGUCACAUUCUCAUUACUUUUAAUAAUUAUUAUUAUACGUUUUACUCGGAUUACUCAAUAUUCACAUAUUCACGUAUUUAUAAUUACAUACAUAUUAUAUUUAGUCUGGUUGCUACUAAUGCGGGUUAAGCCAAUCAUUUCACUUAUUAUUUAUAAACGGUUAAAUUA